ACAACUGUAAUUUAUCUUUAUGUUGUGUUAAUAUACUAAAGUUGUUGUGUUUAUGUAUAGUUUGAAUCAUUGUUGAACUAUAUCUGCUGUUGCGUUUGAGCUUGUUGAGCAUUUGGGGAACAUCAAUGACUUCUCUGGGAAAUCUUAGUUGCUGUUCGUACUACCUGUUGUUUGCCUUGACUCAUGCUUCAUUCUCUGGAUCUUCUCUUCCUUAUCUAAAACCUUGGAGAAACUGCAGACAAGGAGAAACUUGGCUAAGAUGGAGAUCUACCGAAAAUUUACGAAUACCCUUGCAGUGUCUGUGCUAUUCUCCAUUGCAUGGAUUGGAUUUGAGUGAGCUGUGGCAAAUUGCUUGGAUUAUUCCUGCUUUAUGGUCCCUGCUUUCAUAUACUCUCUUGCUGGUGAUAUGUGUCCUUUGGGCUCACAAGAAAUAUGGAAAGGAGGUUGACAUAUUUCAGGAUCUGGAUGUUCUCGACACUUGGUUUUCAAGAUAUUUACAGACACGUCACCAUAUGAAAAAGAGAUAAUCGACCAUAUUUGCAAAUGGUUGAAAAUCAAAAGGUUGAGGAGCAAAAUCUAGCAGAUCAAAUGCAAAUGGUUGAAGAGGAUAAGGAGAUAGAAAUGUUGCCAAAACAAAAGCCAAAGAAGAAGAAGAAGAAGAAGAAAACUUAUAUAUGAAG